GCCCCCCCCUCUCUCUCUCUGUCUCCGUCUCGCACUCUCGCUGCUCAAACCCUCAAAACCCUCGUCGCCCGCGAUUCGGCUCACGGGAGGCGAAUCUCCAUUCCCCUACUCGCGAAAGUCUAGUACUCCGAUCGCUCGUCCCUGGCUCCUUCUUCAGAUCUGUGGAAGUGGUCAGUUAUUGCCUUUAGGCGCUUCUAAUUGCUGUCUUUUUCCGGGGCAGCUUGCCGUUUUAACUUCGUGAUUUCUUGGGUUGUUCCUUGCGACAUGCAGGUGUUGUCAACACUCUUCAACUUUCUACUCAGUUGCUUAGAUGCACAAGUUUGAGAAGUCUGCACUUGGAUUGUGAUUGAUCCCCCAAAUGUUUGUUGGUUGAGUAGUUGACAACUUCUGAACUGAUUGGAUAUUACUGCCUAUUGAGAACGUUUGAACUGUUAAAAUUGAAGGCUGUUCUCUGGAACAUAUUAUUUCAUCUUCACAAUUAUUAUUGAGCUAUACUUUACAUCUGUGGAAGACGAGCUGUUUUUGUUGGUUAUAUGAUGCCAACUCGUAAAAAAGCUCUUCCCAAAAAUUCUUCUAGAGGACAUAGUAAUCCACAAACUUGUAGAGUGGAAAAAAAGAUAAACAUGGUAUCUGAAAAGAAAGUUUCAGAAAUGAUUACAUCUGCAAAAAAGACAAAAUCUGUUGGAAUCACUUCAAAGCAAAACACAUUUGCAAAGACUGAAAGGACUACAUGCUUGGACAAUUGUGUAUCUCAAAAUGAGAAUCAGAGCUCUCGCUCCUUCUCUGUUAAGGAUCUGUCUCAUGAUACCACUGCAAAUUGUAUGUCAGAAAUCAUUUUUUCUCCUGCUUUCCAUCACCACAAGGAUAAUGCAGCCGGCAUUCCUGAUAAAGACUCAAAGAUCAAGAACAAUGAGAGCCAUCGUGGAUUUGAAGUUGAAGGCUCAAAAUAUGGUUCCUUUAAUUCUGUUAUAUUAGAAACACAUAAUGAACAUAUGAAGAUCAGGAAUGUUGUAUGUGAAAACUCUGGUAAUUUGGCACUUCAUGAAGCAUCAGAUAUUGACAACUCUGGUAGUCAUAUCUACAAUGUAGGGCCAAAAUUUGCAAAGUCAUUAUGCAAUGAUGAAUAUACUGAUUUGGGAAAUGUUUCUUGUGAAGUUUCAGCUAUGUAUCUUGCCAUGCAGAAUUCUAAGCUAGAAUGUAUGGAUGAACAAAGUCAAGACUCAAUGUCAACUGAUGGUUCUGUUGAACCGGAUGAAAAUGAUGAAUUUGAUGAUUUUGAUCCAUAUGUGUUCAUUAGAGAUUUACCUGAUUUGUCAGUUGUGGUUCCUAAAUUUCGGCCUUUUCUCCUUCCUAAACAAACACGAAGUUGCCCAUCUACAACUCUUGUUUUGGAUCUGGAUGAAACAUUGGUGCAUUCAACACUUGAACUAUGUGAGGAUGCAGAUUUUACUUUUCCUGUCAAUUUCAAUCUUAAAGAGCACACAAUUUAUGUACGCUGCAGACCUUAUCUUAAGGACUUUUUGGAAAAGGUUGCAAGCAUGUUUGAAACAAUUAUAUUUACAGCAAGUCAAAGUAUAUAUGCUGAACAGCUACUAAAUGUAAUUGAUCCAAAAAGAAGAUUAUUCCGCCAUCGUGUUUAUCGAGAAUCUUGUGUAUUUGUAGAAGGUAAUUAUUUGAAGGAUCUAUCAGUACUGGGUCGGGAUUUGGCUCAUGUUAUUAUUCUUGACAAUUCUCCCCAGGCAUUUGGAUUUCAGUUAGACAAUGGCAUUCCUAUCGAGAGCUGGUUUGAUAACCGUGAUGAUCGUGAAUUGCUUUCAUUGCUUCCAUUCUUGGAGAGCUUAGUUGGUGUGGAUGAUGUUCGCCCGCUAAUAGCUAAGAAGUUCAAUCUCCGUGAGAAGGUAGCUUCUGCCGCUGCGAAUUGCUUCUCAAUACAUUUUAAACGGUGACUUCUGCUGCAACCUGUUUAUCUUUCGUUGGAUUUCAGAUGGCAGCUGUGCCAUCCUAAAAUACCUUGUGCCAACAUGGAAGCUGCAUGGUGACGUUUUGUAUGCUCCCCUCAUCUUAUAGUUUUGCUUCCCCCGUAUACUUGUAAUAUUCGGUUGUACUGUUAGAGUAUGUAUGGAAAAGGGAGGGGGGACUUUCAUUGUGGAUACUUAAAACCUAAAUUCUCCCAAUUCAUGAAUAGCGUCACCAUUCAGUUGAUAAUGAAAGGUGUUCAUUGCUAGUUAUUA